GUCGCCGAGGUUGAGAUGCUGUCUCCCUUGCAUCACCAAAAUCUUGUGACACUGAUUGGUUACUGUUGCGAACCUGAUCAUUGGCUACUUGUUUACGAGUAUAUGCCAUUGGGGUCCUUGGAGAAUCAUUUAUUCGAUCUUCAUCCUAGCAGGGAACCCCUUGACUGGAACACAAGGAUGAAGAUAGCAAGUGGUGUGGCAAAGGGAUUAGAGUAUUUGCAUAUUUUGGGAGACCGUCCUGCGAUAUUUGGAGACUUCAAAUCAUCGAACAUCCUCCUGGGCGAGGGUUAUCAUCCCAAGUUGUCUGAUAUUAGGAUGGCAAAUUUUGGUCGCCUUUGUAAUAGCAGUGAUGCUUCAACAUCUGUGGGAACAUAUGGUUACUGUGCUCCAGAAUAUGUGGUCACCGGCCACCUAACUCCGGAAUGUAAUGUCUACGCUUUCGGAAUGGUCCUUCUGGAGCUCAUUUCGGGGGUCAAGGCCAUUGAUAAGAGUCGUUCCCCUGAACCCUACCAUAAGUGGGCACAACCUAUUUUCAAGGACAGCAGUGAGUUGUAUAGAUUGGUGGACCCUCUACUUGACGGGUCUUAUCCAGUGGCAUGGCUUCAUGGGGUGAUUGGUGUUGCAGAUAUGUGUUUGCAUGAAGAUGCUGAUAGAAGGCCUGUGAUACGGGAAGUGGUUUCCGCUUUAACGUACCUGGAAUCAGAGUAUAAUGACCCAGAAAAGCAGUGCAACAGAAGGGGUUCAAAGCCACCCACAUUCUUCUACUCAUCUCUUCGCAUAAAAGAAAGUGGAUUGGAAAAAGAACAGAAGAAACAGGAAUUUCAGGGAGGCAUUUGUCGUUAUGCUGCAGAUACUGGAAAGCGAAUUGUUAGGAUCCACAACAGAAUGAGGCCGUUUUAA